AUGACUGAGGCCGCCCCCCUCACGGCAGUGCGCGUCUCCUCCUCACCUGAGCCGCUUCCUUUGUUCAAAUAUGAAGCUCACGCACCUGGUAUCCCGGACGAAGGUUACCUCAUGAUAAACUUGACACAUGUCGUGCUGACCGCCACCGGUCUUGUUACGCUAUGGCUCUUGGCCCUUUCGACGAAGCACGGUUACUUGAACACACUAUAUCGGAUUGCAGCCAACAGAAGUCGCCGAGCAGAGUACACAUACUACCUACGGGGCUGUGUGCAAUACCACAUGGCCCACGCUCGGUGGAGAUUCAAGCUCAUCACAAGCCACACUUGGUGGUAUCUGGCAUAUGCUGCUGAUUAUGUGAGAGUAUACUCCUGGUGGGCACUCUACCUCAUGGAAUGGGCGGGACAGUGGGCGUGGUAUCUGGUCCUGUACUCAUGGUUUCUCGUUCUGGUCACUCUGUGGAGGUUCCGUGUCGUCUGGGCACUCGAUGGUAUUGAUCGAUGGGGUUGGGAUAUCAAGAGGAAACUGCUCAUUUCCUCAUGA